AUGUCGACGGCCAUAGAGUCAACCGGCUUCGUCAUGUGCAUCAUCAGCUGGCUGGUAACCGGGGCGUCACUGGCCAACGACUACUGGAAAAUCUCCACCGUGUCGGGCAGCGUCAUCAUCUCCCAGAGGCAGUUUGAGAACCUGUGGCAUUCGUGCGCUGAGAACAGCGCUGGCAUCGCCGAGUGUCGAGACUUCGAGUCGCUGCUCUCUCUGCCUGGGCAUGUGCAGGCGUGUCGGGCGCUGAUGAUUGUGUCCUUACUAAUGGGCCUGGCAUCCAUGAUCGUCUCCCUGCUGGGACUCAAGUGCAUCAGGAUUGGCUCAACCAGCGACGCCUCAAAGGCCAAGAUCGCCGGCACUGGAGGCAUCCUGAGCAUCCUUGCUGGUUUUUGCUGCAUGGUCGCAUGCUCCUGGUACGCAAGCAGGGUGGUGGAGGACUUCUACAACCCGCUAUUCGCCGGCGUCAAGUUCGAAAUGGGCGUGGGACUCUACCUGGGAUGGGGAGCCUCCUGUUUGGCCAUACUAGGAGGUGGCAUGCUUUGCUGCGCCUUCAAGAGAGCGUCGGCUGGCAGGACGAAAAGCGGUAUCUACGGAAACAGUCCACCACAGAAGGUGUACAAGCCUGCAGCAAAAUCAGAGGCAGAGUCGGCCAGAGCUUAUGUCUGAAAACCCACGUACACACACACACACACACACACACACACACACACACACACUUACACACAGAUUCUUGUAUUUGUUACCUUCUUGAGACCUCCGAAAAAUGCCUACCUCCUUUUUCACGAGAAAAACGUAGAAUUUUGGCAGGGACAAGCGGUAGAAAAUGGAUGGAUGGAUGGAUAAUAAAAGUCGUAAUAUUACUCAACGCAAGUCAAAAUUUUACAACAAAAAACUGAACAUUUGUGCAAUAUUAUGAUGAAAGUUGGAAUUUUACUCAAUGACCGUCGCAAUUUUACAAGAAAAGCUUAACAUUUUGGCAAUUUUAUGAAAAGAGUUGUAA